AAUGUACAAGAGAAGGUAGAACAUUUCUUCAACUACUCUGGCGUGUAUCGAUAUUCGACACCGACGACUUUCUUUCAUUCACUUCCAUCGACAGCCUGUCACGUCACCUUCUCCAAAAAUUGCCACCGCUCUCGGCGGCUUCCAACCUGUCCCGUUCAGCGGCUCCACCGCUUACCAAGACUGCCCCUAACCGAGUUCCAUAGUUGGAAAGAGAGAAAACAGGAAGAGCUCCUAAGCCUUGAGCAUAGAGUGGGAAAAUGGGCUGUGGGAAUGUCUUCUACACCUUAAUCAUAACUUUUUCAGUAGCUCUAAUCACCUACAACAUCCUCAUCUCGGCCAAUGCUCCUCUAAAGCAAGAGCUUCCGGGACCUUCAAGAACAUCAAUUGUUGACCCCAUAAUCAAGAUGCCAGUAGAAAGAUCAAGAAGGUAUGGGUCAACUGCAAAGAAGAGGUUGUUUCAUACGGCUGUGACAGCUUCAGACUCGGUUUACAACACUUGGCAGUGUCGGGUUAUGUACUACUGGUUCAAGAAGCUUAAGAAUGGACCAAAUUCAGAUAUGGGUGGGUUUACUAGGAUCUUGCACUCUGGUAAACCCGACAAGUAUAUGGAUGAGAUUCCCACUUUCAUUGCUCAGCCUUUACCAGCCGGAAUGGAUCAGGGUUAUAUAGUCCUCAACAGACCUUGGGCAUUUGUACAGUGGCUUGAAAAAGCGGACAUAAAAGAAGAUUACAUACUGAUGUCGGAACCAGACCAUAUUAUUGUCAAGCCUAUUCCGAACUUAUCAAAAGAUGGGCUUGGAGCUGCAUUUCCUUUCUUUUAUAUAGAUCCCAAAAAGUAUGAAUCAGUUCUCAGAAAGUACUUCCCUGCAGAAAAGGGUCCAAUAACCAACAUUGACCCCGUAGGAAAUUCUCCUGUCAUUGUUGGGAAGGAAUCUCUUAAAAAGAUUGCUCCAACUUGGAUGAAUGUUUCAUUGGCGAUGAAGAAAGAUCCUGAAACCGAUAAAGCUUUCGGUUGGGUGCUUGAAAUGUACGCUUAUGCUGUUUCCUCUGCCUUGCAUGGUGUUGGUAACAUCUUAUACAAAGAUUUCAUGAUUCAGCCUCCUUGGGAUACAGAAAUCGGUAACAAGUUCAUUAUUCAUUACACAUAUGGGUGCGACUAUGAUUUGAAGGGUAGGUUAACCUAUGGAAAGAUUGGAGAAUGGAGGUUUGAUAAAAGAUCUUUUGAUACUGUAGCACCGCCGAGAAACCUUCCCCUUCCUCCUCCUGGUGUUCCACAAAGUGUGGUGACACUGGUGAAAAUGGUAAACGAAGCCACCUCAAACAUUCCGAACUGGGGUUCAUAGAAGAAAAGUCAGGCUGCAAGAUGCCGUAUGCAAAAAGCUUCACUCAGUUGUCAGCAUAGAAGCUUCAUACGCACUGACACUGCUGCAUAUUGGCCUUGGGGAGGAGAGGUGUGGGGUUUGGUUGUAGUUCUUGUUUAUUCUGCUAGUUAAAUUUGGAAAUACCCUGAUGACUGACGAUGAGCGACGGGAGAAAACCAGAUUAUAUAUACAGGUGGUCAAUAUGAUCCCAAAAUGCAUGUUGCUUCACAAAUCAACCAAAGUAUAUUACUGCUUGUAACGUUUGUUUUUAUUAAGAACCGGCGUUGUCACUUCUUAAAACAUGUUGAUUUCAGGCGUUUUAUCUCAUAAAUGAUUGAUCAAGAUUUCUCA